CCUUCUCUCUCUCUCUCUCUCUCUCUCCCUCUCUCUCCUCAUUCCACUUUCCAAUCAGCUGAGAGACAGAACUCAAAUUCUUUUGCUGCUGCUAGAGUCAAAACACCAUUCGAUCAUUCUCCGUUUUGAGGUCGAGGGCGCUCUGAUCGGAGCUUGGUUGCUGCAAUGGCGGUGGCCGUGCGAGGCAGCCGUGGCGGUGGCGGGUCGGGUUUUGGCGGGUUCAGCGUCCGGAGCUUCUUCUCGUAUCGGAUCUUUGUCUCGGCUAUGUUCUCUCUGCUCUUCAUUGCCACGCUCUCUGUUAUCCUCACCACAAAUCCUUCGACUCCACACCACGACUCUGCACUUCCAACAACUGGAAACGCGUACAUGCGUAGGACGUUUUUAGCUUUAAAUUCUGAUCCAUUGAAAACAAGAUUAGAUUUGAUAUAUAAGCAAGCCAAUGAUCAUGUUACUCUGGUGAAUGCUUACGCGGCUUACGCCAGGAAGCUUAAGCUUGAGAUAUCUAGGCAAAUGAGAAUGUUUGAUGAUUUGGCGUCGAAUUUCUCUGAUGUUCAAAUGAAGCCGGGUUACAGGACCGCUUUGUUUGAAUCAGACGGUCCUUUGGAUGAGGAUGUUUUGAGGCAUUUCGAGAAGGAGGUGAAGGAUAAGGUCAAAAUUGCUCGGUUAAUGAUUGGGGAGUCAAAGGAGAAUUAUGAUAAUCAGCUCAAGAUUCAGAAGUUGAAGGACACCAUUUUUGCUGUUAAUGAGUUGCUUAUAAAGGCAAAGAAGAAUGGGGCAUUUGCAAGCUCGAUUGCUGCAAAAUCGAUACCAAAAAGUUUACAUUGUUUGGCCAUGAGGCUUGUUGAGGAAAGAAUUUCACAUCCGGAGAAGUACAAGGAAGAGGAACCAAGCCCCGAAUUUGAGGACCCAAGUUUGUACCAUUAUGCAAUUUUUUCAGAUAAUGUCAUCGCUGUCUCAGUUGUGGUACGAUCUGUGGUGAAUAAUUCCAAUGAACCGUGGAAACAUGUCUUCCAUGUUGUUACAGAUAGGAUGAAUCUUGCACCGAUGAAGGUAUGGUUUAAGAUGAGGCCUGUGGAACGGGGUGCAUAUGUUGAGGUGAAGGCAGUAGAAGAUUUUACUUUCUUGAACUCUUCAUAUGUGCCAGUCUUGAGGCAACUUGAGUCAGCAAAGUUGCAGAAGUUCUACUUUGAGAAUCGGGCAGAGAAUGCUACCAAGGAUACACAAAACAUGAAAUAUAGAAACCCCAAGUACUUGUCAAUGUUGAAUCACCUUCGGUUUUAUUUGCCGGAGAUGUAUCCCAAACUGCACAAAAUUCUCUUUUUGGAUGAUGAUGUUGUGGUUCAAAAGGACUUGACAGGAUUAUGGAAGAUCGAUUUGGACGGGAAGGUGAAUGGAGCCGUUGAGACCUGCUUUGGGUCCUUCCAUCGGUACGCACAGUAUGUGAAUUUUUCACACCCUCUGAUCAGGGAAAGGUUCAAUCCGAGGGCAUGUGCUUGGGCCUACGGGAUGAAUAUAUUUGAUCUUGAUGCUUGGAGGCAGGAGAAAAGCACCGAGCAGUACCAUUACUGGCAGAACUUGAAUGAGGACCGGACUCUCUGGAAAUUGGGGACUCUUCCUCCGGGGCUGAUUACCUUCUACUCGACAACAAAGUCGUUGGACAAAUCGUGGCAUGUGCUUGGGCUGGGGUACAAUCCCAGUAUUAGCAUGGACGAGAUUAGAAAAGCUGCGGUCAUUCAUUACAACGGAAACAUGAAACCUUGGUUGGACGUUGCUAUGAACCAAUACAAGAAACUCUGGACUUAUUAUUUGGACAAUGAUAUGGAAUUUGUUCAGAUGUGCAAUUUUGGCUUAUAGAUAAGAAAAACCAUCUUCGCAGCUCCACUCCAAGUUCAUCAGCGAGUCACCGCUAUCGUCUGUCACUACAACCUCAGAGCAAAGCUCGGUGAGAAAUUAUGUCUUGGUCUUUUUUGUUUCUGGGAAAAGCUGUCUGUUAUGCUUGCCUUAAUGUUGUAUCUGUUAUUCAUGUGAAGCAUGGGUCGUAAACAGCCAGAUUGAGAAUGUAUACGUAGCAAUUCUUAUGCACUUUGCAUAAUAUGUAAUUCAUCGAUUCAGACUACUUAAAACCUUAAGCAUUCAUCAAGUGAAGGUACAUAAUCUAUGCCGUUUGUUGUUUAUGAA